AUCAUAUUCCCGAACCCGAUUGAGUUUUGAUCAUGCCGAUUAUAUUAUCAUACAACUUACAAGGAUAAAGAUGUUGAAGAUACAUCUUGAAAGAAGAUUGGAUGCUGGAAAUUGGAUAGAGAAGAGGGUUGCCAAAGUGACAAGUUGCCACAGAAUAUGGCUAUGUAACAGGAAGGGAGAAAAUGCAAUGAACAAGAUUCGAACUCAGGUCCCCCCCCCCCCCCCCCCCCCUUAGAAUCUCAAGUCAGAUGCUCUACCAACCGAGCCACAUACGAUCAAACCCGCCUGACCACUACAUUCCUCUCUCCCUAAAUGUCUUCACACUUUAAAGACAUAAACCCAGGAUCUUUAUCCCCAGGUAGGCAUUUUCACCUGUCAGUUCCAGGGGUUGGUCUACGGCACGUAAUGUAACGGGAAGGAAAAAAAUGCAACAGGCAGAAUUCGAACUCAGGCCACCUGAAUAUCUAGUCAUAUGCUUUACCAACAGAGCUAUCUGGCCACCAACAAUUGAACUUGUCUGACCGCCACAGAUAUCUGUUAUAGUACUACAUGUAGUAAUAACAACAAUUGAACUUGUCUGACCACCACAGAUAUCUGUUAUAGCACUACAUGUAGUAAUAACAACAAUUGAACUUGUCUGACCGCCACAGAUAUCUGUUAUAGUACUACAUAUAGUAAUAACAACAAUUGAACUUGUCUGACUGCCACAAAUAUUUGUUAUAGUACUACAUAUAGUAAUAACAACAAUUGAACUUGUCUGACCACCACAGAUAUCUGUUAUAGUACUACAUGUAGUAAUAACAACAAUUGAACUUGUCUGACCGCCACAGAUAUCUGUUAUAGUACUACAUGUAGUAAUAACAACAAUUGAACUUGUCUGACCGCCACAGAUAUCUGUUAUAGUACUACAUGUAGUAAUAACAACAAUUGAACUUGUCUGACCGCCACAGAUAUCUGUUAUAGUACUACAUGUAGUAAUAACAACAAUUGAACUUGUCUGACCGCCACAGAUAUCUGUUAUAGUACUACAUGUAGUAAUAACAACAAUUGAACUUAUCUGACUGCCACAGGUAUCCGUUAUAGUACUACAUAUAGUAUAACAACAAUUAGUACACGCCCUGUUUAUGUAAUUGGUCUUGACUAACAAUUUAUGUAUGUUAAUUCAAACUCCUUAAACAUGGAGAUGUUGACCCAUAUCAGCUAUAAUUACUCUGUACACAGAUCAGUCCUGUGAAUGGAAUUCAGAUAGUGACUGUUUACCCAGUGUUAUCAAGGUUUAUCCUGACUGCCUGUAGGUGCAGUACUAUGCUCUGGCGAUGCCCACCUCAUGUCAGCUGAUUAUAUUUUAUUCAGAGCAACAUCAACGCAGGGUAUAGUAAUUACAUUUUGAUCAUGAGUACAAAAGCCAGUGCUGGAUCAUUAGAGAAAGCAGAGGAAGAUUUGCCCUUUGUUAAAAUCUCUGGAACCCGGACAGUAGAAAAGGAGAAGAAAUAUGUGGUCUACAAAGUGGUUGUGAAUUUUGGGGACCAGUCUUGGUUCAUCUUCAGAAGAUACAAUGAAUUUCAUAGUCUGCAUGAAAAAUUGAAGAAACUGUUUCCAGAGGCAAGCCUGCGUCUUCCCGGGAAGAAGAUAUUUGGUAACCUAGACCCAGACUUCAUUCAACAGCGCCGUGAAGGCUUAGACAUCUUCAUACAGGAAUUGAUCACACAUCCUAAACUUUCACAGCUUCCUGAAGUGCGAGCGUUCCUGAAUCUUGAUAAUCCACGAAAUGUCCAGGACUCUGUAGACAACUUUGAUGAUUCUGAAGCUAUGAAUGGGAGAGAUGUUAACCCGGUCAAUUUAGGGCCCAGUGAGAAGAAAACUGUAAAACCCAGUGAUUUUGAAUUCCUUAAAGUUAUUGGAAAAGGCAGUUUUGGGAAAGUGCUAUUGGCUCGGAAUAAAAAUGAAGGGAACAUUUAUGCCAUCAAAGUGUUGCAAAAGCAGGCCAUCAUGAAAAGGAAUGAAGUGAAACACAUUAUGUCAGAACGGAAUGUACUGCUAAAAAAUGUCAAACAUCCAUUUCUAGUUGGACUUCACUACUCAUUCCAAACUGCAGAUAAAUUGUACUUUGUCUUGGAUUAUGUCAAUGGUGGUGAGAUGUUUUUCCAUCUCCAGCGGGAACGAUACUUUCCUGAGCAACGUGCCAAAUUUUAUGCUGCGGAAAUGGCCAGCGCUAUUGGUUACCUACAUUCCUUAAACAUUAUAUACAGAGAUCUCAAGCCAGAAAAUAUUCUCCUUGAUUCCAAGGGUCAUAUUACGCUGACAGACUUUGGUCUAUGUAAAGAAGGAAUUGAAGGCAUGGGAACAACAAACACCUUCUGUGGCACUCCUGAGUACCUGGCCCCUGAAGUGUUGAGGAAGCAGCCGUAUGAUAAAACAGUAGACUGGUGGUGCCUUGGUGCUGUCAUGUAUGAAAUGAUGUAUGGACUGCCACCAUUCUACAGCAGAGACACGGCAGAGAUGUAUGACAACAUCCUGUAUAAACCCCUCAGACUCCGAACCAACGUCUCGCAGUCUGCUAGGCAGAUACUAGAUGGGUUACUACAAAAAGAAAAAGAACAGCGACUCGGCUCCAAGAGAGAUUUCCAGGAGAUAAAGAAUCAUAAUUUCUUUGCGGAUAUCAACUGGGAUGAUCUUGAUGCCAAGAAAAUAAAUCCUCCUUACAACCCCAAUGUGAGUGGUCAGCUUGAUUUGAAACACUUUGACCCAGAAUUUGUCAGAGAACCUGUACCUGCCUCAGUUGGAAAGUCCAUGGGAAGUUGUAAGUUGGUUAGUGCAAGUGUGAUGGAGGCUGACAACAUGUUCCAGGGAUUCUCAUAUGUACCACCAGCAGAAGACGCUUUCAGCUAGGACCAACUGUCAUCAAACACCCCAGUGCAUCUAGUCUUGUGAUUGGUCACAAACUUCUUUCAUCACAUCCGAUUAAAAAGCUGAUAGGGCACUGCUGACCAGGAUUUUCCCUAGAAACCUGUACAUGUAGAGUUGUGGGUGGAUGCCUUUGAUUGGCCUUGAACUCUGACAGUUGGUUGUGAUUUAUUAUAAAGAGAAUUUUUGCUGGACUUAAUGCUGAGCUGCAUAAGAUAAUAACGCCAUGUUUUAGUGGUCCAGUGAAACAUAGUCUUUCACCGUCUGUUUCCGAGGAGUUGACUGGAGAAAUUGUUUUGGUUGGAUGAAAUUCAAAUCAAUGUGAGAGAGACCUCGUCAAAAUGCACAUUGUAUUAUGAUUGUUGAUUGACAGACUUUACCGGUACUUAUGAAUCAUUGAAAGCACAUGCAUUGUCAAAAUGUUCACAGGUGCCUUAACAUGGUAUAUUUUGUUACUUUCUUACUUCCCCUUUCAGAUGUAUUCCAGAUUAGCACAAAAUGUAUACUUAAUUACCCCUUGUAAAGUUUUUAUUGUUUUUGUGCUUUGCUAAUUGUUUUUGAAAGUGUUUGAAAAUUGACCAUAUUUUGUCAUGUACGAAAAUUUCAGGUCAGUUCCUAGGGCAUAUUUUUUAGGUGUAAGUUCCUGUUUCAAGAAUUUAAAUGUAUUCUGGAUUUGUUUGUUUUUUCAUUGCACUUUUUAUGUCGGUUAGCUGCCAGACUAGUAAGAAAUUAGUCGUUGCCUGUAAAAUAAGUAAUAAUGGUUUGUUUGAAUGCAUAAAACAAAACACAACGAUCUUGUUUUUACAUGUGAAUGACUGAUCCCAGUGUUAUAUUAGUACUGUACAUACAACAAAGACUGAUUACAUAUCAAAAUUCCUUUGUUAUUUUGAUAGCUAUUGUUCCUCAUUGUAUUUGUGUACAUGCCAGGAGUUUACAUAGACAUAGGUGCUGUGAUAAUGUUCUGCCGUCUUGUCAGUAUUGCUAGGGGCAGGCAACUGCUUGGUCUUCUCCGGUCGGGACACCCGACUGGGUAGUGAUAUUGUAAUUUUUUUUUUUAAUAACAUAUUGUUAUUUGUUGAAAUAUUAUUAUUAUUAUAAGGAAAGUAUGUAUAUAGAAUACUCAAUGUGCAAUUGAUUACAAUGUAUAAAAUCAAAUGACAAUAAUAAUAAUAAAAAAAAAAUUUAAUCAAA